CAGGUUCAAUAAUUAAUGUUCGACGUACUCAGGGAUGUAGUGAAAAUUAUGUUAGUAGAUUAUAGUAUAGGGCUUGUUGGUUGUUCGUUAAUAAUCUAGUUGUACUAUAGAAAUUGAUUCACAUGCUUUUUAUUUUAUUAGUACGUUUUUGGAAGCAACAAUAUGAUGUCUCGCGUGAUAACGAAAAUAUUAGUAACUGCCACUUGCAUUUUGGUGGCCUGUGAUGCUGAAUAUAUGCAAACGAGUUCUCAAUGCAGCGUUGAUCUUGAUUUUUCCACAAAACCGUGCUUUCGAUUAAUUGACAUUGGGAAGUUUACUUGCGAUUUUUUGUACAGAUGUUGCUGGAACCCUAUUGAAAACAAAUGUAUUCAAAAAGAAGACUUCACCCAUUCAUCAAAUCAUCAGUUUAGUCGGAGAAUAGGAAACAAGGUAGGAGUCGAACCGGAACUUGAGUUUAAAAUGGAGGAAUAUCUAACAACUGAAACAACUACCAAUGUAGUACCGAGUGGUCCUUUUUCGACAGAGUAUAAAAAAAAUGAAUAUGGCGUGCAUAACACGAAUCAAAAUCAGCUAACGCCCACUGUAACAUACGAUGCAACUACGACAAAGAAAUCUUCUCAUAAUGAACGAUCGAUUAAACAAGAUAUCUUAGAAGGCAGCGGCGAGAGGAGUAAUACUAUCGAAGGUAAAUCACCAAUGCUUCACGAAAACGAGGACUUGGAACUACGCAGUCUAGUAAUCGACGAAACUAGUAUAUUUUUAACUCAUAUUUACGAGGCUGAGUUAGUUGAUGAUUUUGUCGAAGAAUACGGAUCUGCUAUGGAUAACGAAACGGGAAUAACAGAAGAAAGUUUUAUUAACCAAGAAACGCAGGUGACGCAGAAUGAGGAGGAAAUAAUUGACGUCGAUUCUCUCGAUGAAGUUUCACAACCAGAUGCUGAUAGAGAGCAAAAUAUGUCGAAUAAAGAACGAAGACUUGCGGAGAGACAGCGACGACGGGAGCAAAGGCGGAUAGAAAGGGAAGAAAGAAGACGUAAUCGCAUAAAAAAGAAAGGAUUAAGUUCAACUACAAGAAAAUAGUUUUAUUACGGAAUGGCAAAUAAACUUAAGUAGUGGUACAAGUAGAAAGGGAGUAGUAAUUCGUUGAGCUCGUCUCUGUAUUGAAGCAAACGACUAAACAAAGGCAAUGUACAGAUAACACGAGCAAAAACUAUGUAAAAUUGUAAAGUUAUAAAUGGCCAAAACAUCUUUAACGCGAAACAUAAAAACAGUAUGUGUGUACUUAUUCGCUGUGAAAUUAUUAAUGCAUAAUGAAAUACACUGAAUUGAACAAUCUCCAUCUGUUUUAGGUUAGUGACAUGUGCAAUUCAAUAUAAAAAUGUGAGUGCGUAUAUUCACAGUUGUGGCGUCCUUGUUUUUAUAGUUUUUAACAUUAUAUUGUGUCGAAUUUUAUGGAUUCGCUGCUCUAUUCGUGCUAAUUAAUACUUGGACCCGAAUAAGGAUGGCAGGAAUUUCAUUUUUCAUGGCGGCGGUGUCUUCUUUUGAACAAAUUGCUUUUUAUUUCACAUAUUUUAAUUAUUAUACAUUUUUUUCAUUUAGAACAUCAAAUAAAUAUUUAAUAAUAAAUCUUAUUUUUGCGUACGUUUUUUCCCAAAAUGUCAGCCUGCAAUUUUGUUCUUUGACCUUGUCUUUAAAAGGAUGCGACAAAUUUUAUCACUAUUUAACAUCGCGUCUCUAUUAGAAAAUCCGUCUGCAUAUAUUGAAUUAAUCUAGAUGACCUUA